AACACGUAAGGUGCCCCUGACUUUCGACGUCCAGCACAUUCAAUUCGGGGCUCAAGAACCUCAGCAAGCAAACAACGCCAGCUGCUCAACCUCUGCCGCUGUUGGUUCCAAACUCACACUGUUGCAAAGAUAUGAUGGCUUAGCCCUUAGCUAGUCCCUUUCGACAAGCAAUAAGAGCAGCUGAGGCCACGCCGGGUUCAAAUCGCACAGCAUCCGCCCGACGAUUCAACCGAAGGUCCUGGAUUCGUUGGUCCCGACGCAGCGAUCCUACCUGUACACACAUGUCCAUGCAGAAUCCCAUCAUCGCUGUUCCCUAAUCGUCCCUCCGAUGCCCAGCUACAGCGACGCGCGCUUAUCCGAACCCCUCCUCCAAGACGAACACGACCGUGGCCGCCGCUCCUCCGCCAGCGCUCGAAGACCACCGAUCUCAAUCCCAUUCUCAGCAACGCCCGCACCACCGCCCAACACCACCGCCCAUCACCACCACCACCACUCCCCCAUGGCGAACGAAUCGGCCAGCCGCGGCCUCCUCCGGUCGCGCAGCCCUGCCUCGACGGUGCUGCUCCCCACGGCGCGCCUCGACGCGCGCAAGCGCUACACGUACGCCUCCAUCUUCCUGGUUGUGUCGCUCGUCUCCUUCACGAUCCAAACCGAGCUGGCCUCGUACAUCCAGCACGACCUCGGGUGGGACAAGGCGUACUGCAUGCUGUACGUGACGCACAGCUCGUGGAUCCUGCUCUGGCCGCUGCAGCUGGCCGUGCUCCGCGCGAUGCGCCCGGAGCAGGAGUGGCGGCGCUUCUGGGAGGGCCACGUCAGGAGCCUGCGGGCCAUCGCGCUCAUGGUCGAGACGAGGGAUGUUCGGGGAGUGGUGGGGAGGGGGAGGGGGAGGGGGGCGGACCGGUACCCGCACUCGCCCUGGCCGUAUCUGCUGAGGACGACGGUCUUUGUGACCACGGCGCUGACGGUCGCCGGGCUGAGCUGGUACCUUGCUGUCAGCAUGACCACGCCGAGUGACUUGACGGCUAUCUACAACUGCAGCGCGUUCUUUGCGUAUGCGUUCUCGGUGCCGCUGCUGAAGGAGCGGUUGAGAUUGGAUAAGAUGGCGGCGGUCACCGUGGCCAUUGCUGGGGUGCUGGUUAUAGCGUAUGGGGACGGGGGUUUUACCGAGGGGGUGCGGUCCGGCGGCAUCGGGGAGGCGACUGAUCCGGCGUCGCGGCUCACGGGGAAUCUCAUCAUCGGCGCCGGGUCGGUGUUGUACGGGCUCUACGAGGUGCUCUACAAGCGGUUCGCCUGCCCUCCGGACGGGACGGAUGCGACCAAGGGGGUGAUCUUCGCCAACACGUUUGGCAGUCUGAUCGGCGCCUUUACGAUGUUUGUGCUGUGGAUCCCGAUUCCGGCGCUGCACGUGCUGGGGCUGGAGAUAUUUGAGGUGCCGACGGGCCGGACGGCGUGGCUACUGGCCUUCAGCGUGCUGAUGAACAUGCUGUUCUCCGGCUCGUUCCUGGUGCUCAUUUCCCUCACGAGCCCCGUCCUCAGCUCGGUCGCAGCGCUGCUUACCAUCUUCAUCGUCGCGGUGGUGGACUGGUACUACACCAGCACGCCGCUCCAGCCGAGCACCAUCAUUGGGGGGCUGCUGAUCAUCGUGGCGUUUGCCGUGCUCAGCUGGAGCACGUGGCGCGAGAUGAACGAGGAGGAGCGGACGAAGCAGGUUGACUUCAGCGGCGACGAGGAGGAUUAG